AUGCAGAGCAAACACCGCUACAAAGAAUCACUAUCAGGAUCUGGUUGUCCGAUAUGGCCUGGAGAUUUUGAGUUACUAUAUAAGUAUGAAACAUAUAAUAACAGCUACAAAGAAUCACUAUCAGGAUCUGGUUGUCCGAUAUGGCCUGGAGAUUUUGAGUUACUAUAUAAGUAUGAAACAUAUAAUAACAGCUACAAAGAAUCACUAUCAGGAUCUGGUUGUCCGAUAUGGCCUGGAGAUUUUGAGUUACUAUAUAAGUAUGAAACAUAUAAUAACAGCUACAAAGAAUCACUAUCAGGAUCUGGUUGUCCGAUAUGGCCUGGAGAUUUUGAGUUACUAUAUAAGUAUGAAACAUAUAAUAACAGCUACAAAGAAUCACUAUCAGGAUCUGGUUGUCCGAUAUGGCCUGGAGAUUUUGAGUUACUAUAUAAGUAUGAAACAUAUAAUAACAGCUACAAAGAAUCACUAUCAGGAUCUGGUUGUCCGAUAUGGCCUGGAGAUUUUGAGUUACUAUAUAAGUAUGAAACAUAUAAUAACAGCUACAAAGAAUCACUAUCAGGAUCUGGUUGUCCGAUAUGGCCUGGAGAUUUUGAGUUACUAUAUAAGUAUGAAACAUAUAAUAACAGCUACAAAGAAUCACUAUCAGGAUCUGGUUGUCCGAUAUGGCCUGGAGAUUUUGAGUUACUAUAUAAGUAUGAAACAUAUAAUAACAGCUACAAAGAAUCACUAUCAGGAUCUGGUUGUCCGAUAUGGCCUGGAGAUUUUGAGUUACUAUAUAAGUAUGAAACAUAUAAUAACAGCUACAAAGAAUCACUAUCAGGAUCUGGUUGUCCGAUAUGGCCUGGAGAUUUUGAGUUACUAUAUAAGUAUGAAACAUAUAAUAACAGCUACAAAGAAUCACUAUCAGGAUCUGGUUGUCCGAUAUGGCCUGGAGAUUUUGAGUUACUAUAUAAGUAUGAAACAUAUAAUAACAGCUACAAAGAAUCACUAUCAGGAUCUGGUUGUCCGAUAUGGCCUGGAGAUUUUGAGUUACUAUAUAAGUAUGAAACAUAUAAUAACAGCUACAAAGAAUCACUAUCAGGAUCUGGUUGUCCGAUAUGGCCUGGAGAUUUUGAGUUACUAUAUAAGUAUGAAACAUAUAAUAACAGCUACAAAGAAUCACUAUCAGGAUCUGGUUGUCCGAUAUGGCCUGGAGAUUUUGAGUUACUAUAUAAGUAUGAAACAUAUAAUAACAGCUACAAAGAAUCACUAUCAGGAUCUGGUUGUCCGAUAUGGCCUGGAGAUUUUGAGUUACUAUAUAAGUAUGAAACAUAUAAUAACAGCUACAAAGAAUCACUAUCAGGAUCUGGUUGUCCGAUAUGGCCUGGAGAUUUUGAGUUACUAUAUAAGUAUGAAACAUAUAAUAACAGCUACAAAGAAUCACUAUCAGGAUCUGGUUGUCCGAUAUGGCCUGGAGAUUUUGAGUUACUAUAUAAGUAUGAAACAUAUAAUAACAGCUACAAAGAAUCACUAUCAGGAUCUGGUUGUCCGAUAUGGCCUGGAGAUUUUGAGUUACUAUAUAAGUAUGAAACAUAUAAUAACAGCUACAAAGAAUCACUAUCAGGAUCUGGUUGUCCGAUAUGGCCUGGAGAUUUUGAGUUACUAUAUAACUACAAAGAAUCACUAUCAGGAUCUGGUUGUCCGAUAUGGCCUGGAGAUUUUGAGUUACUAUAUAAGUAUGAAACAUAUAAUAACAGCUACAAAGAAUCACUAUCAGGAUCUGGUUGUCCGAUAUGGCCUGGAGAUUUUGAGUUACUAUAUAAGUAUGAAACAUAUAAUAACAGCUACAAAGAAUCACUAUCAGGAUCUGGUUGUCCGAUAUGGCCUGGAGAUUUUGAGUUACUAUAUAAGUAUGAAACAUAUAAUAACAGCUACAAAGAAUCACUAUCAGGAUCUGGUUGUCCGAUAUGGCCUGGAGAUUUUGAGUUACUAUAUAAGUAUGAAACAUAUAAUAACAGCUACAAAGAAUCACUAUCAGGAUCUGGUUGUCCGAUAUGGCCUGGAGAUUUUGAGUUACUAUAUAAGUAUGAAACAUAUAAUAACAGCUACAAAGAAUCACUAUCAGGAUCUGGUUGUCCGAUAUGGCCUGGAGAUUUUGAGUUACUAUAUAAGUAUGAAACAUAUAAUAACAGCUACAAAGAAUCACUAUCAGGAUCUGGUUGUCCGAUAUGGCCUGGAGAUUUUGAGUUACUAUAUAAGUAUGAAACAUAUAAUAACAGCUACAAAGAAUCACUAUCAGGAUCUGGUUGUCCGAUAUGGCCUGGAGAUUUUGAGUUACUAUAUAAGUAUGAAACAUAUAAUAACAGCUACAAAGAAUCACUAUCAGGAUCUGGUUGUCCGAUAUGGCCUGGAGAUUUUGAGUUACUAUAUAAGUAUGAAACAUAUAAUAACAGCUACAAAGAAUCACUAUCAGGAUCUGGUUGUCCGAUAUGGCCUGGAGAUUUUGAGUUACUAUAUAAGUAUGAAACAUAUAAUAACAGCUACAAAGAAUCACUAUCAGGAUCUGGUUGUCCGAUAUGGCCUGGAGAUUUUGAGUUACUAUAUAAGUAUGAAACAUAUAAUAACAGCUACAAAGAAUCACUAUCAGGAUCUGGUUGUCCGAUAUGGCCUGGAGAUUUUGAGUUACUAUAUAAGUAUGAAACAUAUAAUAACAGCUACAAAGAAUCACUAUCAGGAUCUGGUUGUCCGAUAUGGCCUGGAGAUUUUGAGUUACUAUAUAAGUAUGAAACAUAUAAUAACAGCUACAAAGAAUCACUAUCAGGAUCUGGUUGUCCGAUAUGGCCUGGAGAUUUUGAGUUACUAUAUAAGUAUGAAACAUAUAAUAACAGCUACAAAGAAUCACUAUCAGGAUCUGGUUGUCCGAUAUGGCCUGGAGAUUUUGAGUUACUAUAUAAGUAUGAAACAUAUAAUAACAGCUACAAAGAAUCACUAUCAGGAUCUGGUUGUCCGAUAUGGCCUGGAGAUUUUGAGUUACUAUAUAAGUAUGAAACAUAUAAUAACAGCUACAAAGAAUCACUAUCAGGAUCUGGUUGUCCGAUAUGGCCUGGAGAUUUUGAGUUACUAUAUAAGUAUGAAACAUAUAAUAACAGCUACAAAGAAUCACUAUCAGGAUCUGGUUGUCCGAUAUGGCCUGGAGAUUUUGAGUUACUAUAUAAGUAUGAAACAUAUAAUAACAGCUACAAAGAAUCACUAUCAGGAUCUGGUUGUCCGAUAUGGCCUGGAGAUUUUGAGUUACUAUAUAAGUAUGAAACAUAUAAUAACAGCUACAAAGAAUCACUAUCAGGAUCUGGUUGUCCGAUAUGGCCUGGAGAUUUUGAGUUACUAUAUAACUACAAAGAAUCACUAUCAGGAUCUGGUUGUCCGAUAUGGCCUGGAGAUUUUGAGUUACUAUAUAAGUAUGAAACAUAUAAUAACAGCUACAAAGAAUCACUAUCAGGAUCUGGUUGUCCGAUAUGGCCUGGAGAUUUUGAGUUACUAUAUAAGUAUGAAACAUAUAAUAACAGCUACAAAGAAUCACUAUCAGGAUCUGGUUGUCCGAUAUGGCCUGGAGAUUUUGAGUUACUAUAUAAGUAUGAAACAUAUAAUAACAGCUACAAAGAAUCACUAUCAGGAUCUGGUUGUCCGAUAUGGCCUGGAGAUUUUGAGUUACUAUAUAAGUAUGAAACAUAUAAUAACAGCUACAAAGAAUCACUAUCAGGAUCUGGUUGUCCGAUAUGGCCUGGAGAUUUUGAGUUACUAUAUAAGUAUGAAACAUAUAAUAACAGCUACAAAGAAUCACUAUCAGGAUCUGGUUGUCCGAUAUGGCCUGGAGAUUUUGAGUUACUAUAUAAGUAUGAAACAUAUAAUAACAGCUACAAAGAAUCACUAUCAGGAUCUGGUUGUCCGAUAUGGCCUGGAGAUUUUGAGUUACUAUAUAAGUAUGAAACAUAUAAUAACAGCUACAAAGAAUCACUAUCAGGAUCUGGUUGUCCGAUAUGGCCUGGAGAUUUUGAGUUACUAUAUAAGUAUGAACAUAUAAUAACAGCUACAAAGAAUCACUAUCAGGAUCUGGUUGUCCGAUAUGGCCUGGAGAUUUUGAGUUACUAUAUAAGUAUGAAACAUAUAAUAACAGCUACAAAGAAUCACUAUCAGGAUCUGGUUGUCCGAUAUGGCCUGGAGAUUUUGAGUUACUAUAUAAGUAUGAAACAUAUAAUAACAGCUACAAAGAAUCACUAUCAGGAUCUGGUUGUCCGAUAUGGCCUGGAGAUUUUGAGUUACUAUAUAAGUAUGAAACAUAUAAUAACAGCUACAAAGAAUCACUAUCAGGAUCUGGUUGUCCGAUAUGGCCUGGAGAUUUUGAGUUACUAUAUAAGUAUGAAACAUAUAAUAACAGCUACAAAGAAUCACUAUCAGGAUCUGGUUGUCCGAUAUGGCCUGGAGAUUUUGAGUUACUAUAUAAGUAUGAAACAUAUAAUAACAGCUACAAAGAAUCACUAUCAGGAUCUGGUUGUCCGAUAUGGCCUGGAGAUUUUGAGUUACUAUAUAAGUAUGAAACAUAUAAUAACAGCUACAAAGAAUCACUAUCAGGAUCUGGUUGUCCGAUAUGGCCUGGAGAUUUUGAGUUACUAUAUAAGUAUGAAACAUAUAAUAACAGCUACAAAGAAUCACUAUCAGGAUCUGGUUGUCCGAUAUGGCCUGGAGAUUUUUGAGUUAGGUUGUCCGAUAUGGCCUGGAGAUUUUGAGUUACUAUAUAAGUAUGAAACAUAUAAUAACAGCUACAAAGAAUCACUAUCAGGAUCUGGUUGUCCGAUAUGGCCUGGAGAUUUUGAGUUACUAUAUAAGUAUGAAACAUAUAAUAACAGCUACAAAGAAUCACUAUCAGGAUCUGGUUGUCCGAUAUGGCCUGGAGAUUUUGAGUUACUAUAUAAGUAUGAAACAUAUAAUAACAGCUACAAAGAAUCACUAUCAGGAUCUGGUUGUCCGAUAUGGCCUGGAGAUUUUGAGUUACUAUAUAAGUAUGAAACAUAUAAUAACAGCUACAAAGAAUCACUAUCAGGAUCUGGUUGUCCGAUAUGGCCUGGAGAUUUUGAGUUACUAUAUAAGUAUGAAACAUAUAAUAACAGCUACAAAGAAUCACUAUCAGGAUCUGGUUGUCCGAUAUGGCCUGGAGAUUUUGAGUUACUAUAUAAGUAUGAAACAUAUAAUAACAGCUACAAAGAAUCACUAUCAGGAUCUGGUUGUCCGAUAUGGCCUGGAGAUUUUGAGUUACUAUAUAAGUAUGAAACAUAUAAUAACAGCUACAAAGAAUCACUAUCAGGAUCUGGUUGUCCGAUAUGGCCUGGAGAUUUUGAGUUACUAUAUAAGUAUGAAACAUAUAAUAACAGCUACAAAGAAUCACUAUCAGGAUCUGGUUGUCCGAUAUGGCCUGGAGAUUUUGAGUUACUAUAUAAGUAUGAAACAUAUAAUAACAGCUACAAAGAAUCACUAUCAGGAUCUGGUUGUCCGAUAUGGCCUGGAGAUUUUGAGUUACUAUAUAAGUAUGAAACAUAUAAUAACAGCUACAAAGAAUCACUAUCAGGAUCUGGUUGUCCGAUAUGGCCUGGAGAUUUUGAGUUACUAUAUAAGUAUGAAACAUAUAAUAACAGCUACAAAGAAUCACUAUCAGGAUCUGGUUGUCCGAUAUGGCCUGGAGAUUUUGAGUUACUAUAUAAGUAUGAAACAUAUAAUAACAGCUACAAAGAAUCACUAUCAGGAUCUGGUUGUCCGAUAUGGCCUGGAGAUUUUGAGUUACUAUAUAAGUAUGAAACAUAUAAUAACAGCUACAAAGAAUCACUAUCAGGAUCUGGUUGUCCGAUAUGGCCUGGAGAUUUUGAGUUACUAUAUAAGUAUGAAACAUAUAAUAACAGCUACAAAGAAUCACUAUCAGGAUCUGGUUGUCCGAUAUGGCCUGGAGAUUUUGAGUUACUAUAUAAGUAUGAAACAUAUAAUAACAGCUACAAAGAAUCACUAUCAGGAUCUGGUUGUCCGAUAUGGCCUGGAGAUUUUGAGUUACUAUAUAAGUAUGAAACAUAUAAUAACAGCUACAAAGAAUCACUAUCAGGAUCUGGUUGUCCGAUAUGGCCUGGAGAUUUUGAGUUACUAUAUAAGUAUGAAACAUAUAAUAACAGCUACAAAGAAUCACUAUCAGGAUCUGGUUGUCCGAUAUGGCCUGGAGAUUUUGAGUUACUAUAUAAGUAUGAAACAUAUAAUAACAGCUACAAAGAAUCACUAUCAGGAUCUGGUUGUCCGAUAUGGCCUGGAGAUUUUGAGUUACUAUAUAAGUAUGAAACAUAUAAUAACAGCUACAAAGAAUCACUAUCAGGAUCUGGUUGUCCGAUAUGGCCUGGAGAUUUUGAGUUACUAUAUAAGUAUGAAACAUAUAAUAACAGCUACAAAGAAUCACUAUCAGGAUCUGGUUGUCCGAUAUGGCCUGGAGAUUUUGAGUUACUAUAUAAGUAUGAAACAUAUAAUAACAGCUACAAAGAAUCACUAUCAGGAUCUGGUUGUCCGAUAUGGCCUGGAGAUUUUGAGUUACUAUAUAAGUAUGAAACAUAUAAUAACAGCUACAAAGAAUCACUAUCAGGAUCUGGUUGUCCGAUAUGGCCUGGAGAUUUUGAGUUACUAUAUAAGUAUGAAACAUAUAAUAACAGCUACAAAGAAUCACUAUCAGGAUCUGGUUGUCCGAUAUGGCCUGGAGAUUUUGAGUUACUAUAUAAGUAUGAAACAUAUAAUAACAGCUACAAAGAAUCACUAUCAGGAUCUGGUUGUCCGAUAUGGCCUGGAGAUUUUGAGUUACUAUAUAAGUAUGAAACAUAUAAUAACAGCUACAAAGAAUCACUAUCAGGAUCUGGUUGUCCGAUAUGGCCUGGAGAUUUUGAGUUACUAUAUAAGUAUGAAACAUAUAAUAACAGCUACAAAGAAUCACUAUCAGGAUCUGGUUGUCCGAUAUGGCCUGGAGAUUUUGAGUUACUAUAUAAGUAUGAAACAUAUAAUAACAGCUACAAAGAAUCACUAUCAGGAUCUGGUUGUCCGAUAUGGCCUGGAGAUUUUGAGUUACUAUAUAAGUAUGAAACAUAUAAUAACAGCUACAAAGAAUCACUAUCAGGAUCUGGUUGUCCGAUAUGGCCUGGAGAUUUUGAGUUACUAUAUAAGUAUGAAACAUAUAAUAACAGCUACAAAGAAUCACUAUCAGGAUCUGGUUGUCCGAUAUGGCCUGGAGAUUUUGAGUUACUAUAUAAGUAUGAAACAUAUAAUAACAGCUACAAAGAAUCACUAUCAGGAUCUGGUUGUCCGAUAUGGCCUGGAGAUUUUGAGUUACUAUAUAAGUAUGAAACAUAUAAUAACAGCUACAAAGAAUCACUAUCAGGAUCUGGUUGUCCGAUAUGGCCUGGAGAUUUUGAGUUACUAUAUAAGUAUGAAACAUAUAAUAACAGCUACAAAGAAUCACUAUCAGGAUCUGGUUGUCCGAUAUGGCCUGGAGAUUUUGAGUUACUAUAUAAGUAUGAAACAUAUAAUAACAGCUACAAAGAAUCACUAUCAGGAUCUGGUUGUCCGAUAUGGCCUGGAGAUUUUGAGUUACUAUAUAAGUAUGAAACAUAUAAUAACAGCUACAAAGAAUCACUAUCAGGAUCUGGUUGUCCGAUAUGGCCUGGAGAUUUUGAGUUACUAUAUAAGUAUGAAACAUAUAAUAACAGCUACAAAGAAUCACUAUCAGGAUCUGGUUGUCCGAUAUGGCCUGGAGAUUUUGAGUUACUAUAUAAGUAUGAAACAUAUAAUAACAGCUACAAAGAAUCACUAUCAGGAUCUGGUUGUCCGAUAUGGCCUGGAGAUUUUGAGUUACUAUAUAAGUAUGAAACAUAUAAUAACAGCUACAAAGAAUCACUAUCAGGAUCUGGUUGUCCGAUAUGGCCUGGAGAUUUUGAGUUACUAUAUAAGUAUGAAACAUAUAAUAACAGCUACAAAGAAUCACUAUCAGGAUCUGGUUGUCCGAUAUGGCCUGGAGAUUUUGAGUUACUAUAUAAGUAUGAAACAUAUAAUAACAGCUACAAAGAAUCACUAUCAGGAUCUGGUUGUCCGAUAUGGCCUGGAGAUUUUGAGUUACUAUAUAAGUAUGAAACAUAUAAUAACAGCUACAAAGAAUCACUAUCAGGAUCUGGUUGUCCGAUAUGGCCUGGAGAUUUUGAGUUACUAUAUAAGUAUGAAACAUAUAAUAACAGCUACAAAGAAUCACUAUCAGGAUCUGGUUGUCCGAUAUGGCCUGGAGAUUUUGAGUUACUAUAUAAGUAUGAAACAUAUAAUAACAGCUACAAAGAAUCACUAUCAGGAUCUGGUUGUCCGAUAUGGCCUGGAGAUUUUGAGUUACUAUAUAAGUAUGAAACAUAUAAUAACAGCUACAAAGAAUCACUAUCAGGAUCUGGUUGUCCGAUAUGGCCUGGAGAUUUUGAGUUACUAUAUAAGUAUGAAACAUAUAAUAACAGCUACAAAGAAUCACUAUCAGGAUCUGGUUGUCCGAUAUGGCCUGGAGAUUUUGAGUUACUAUAUAAGUAUGAAACAUAUAAUAACAGCUACAAAGAAUCACUAUCAGGAUCUGGUUGUCCGAUAUGGCCUGGAGAUUUUGAGUUACUAUAUAAGUAUGAAACAUAUAAUAACAGCUACAAAGAAUCACUAUCAGGAUCUGGUUGUCCGAUAUGGCCUGGAGAUUUUGAGUUACUAUAUAAGUAUGAAACAUAUAAUAACAGCUACAAAGAAUCACUAUCAGGAUCUGGUUGUCCGAUAUGGCCUGGAGAUUUUGAGUUACUAUAUAAGUAUGAAACAUAUAAUAACAGCUACAAAGAAUCACUAUCAGGAUCUGGUUGUCCGAUAUGGCCUGGAGAUUUUGAGUUACUAUAUAAGUAUGAAACAUAUAAUAACAGCUACAAAGAAUCACUAUCAGGAUCUGGUUGUCCGAUAUGGCCUGGAGAUUUUGAGUUACUAUAUAAGUAUGAAACAUAUAAUAACAGCUACAAAGAAUCACUAUCAGGAUCUGGUUGUCCGAUAUGGCCUGGAGAUUUUGAGUUACUAUAUAAGUAUGAAACAUAUAAUAACAGCUACAAAGAAUCACUAUCAGGAUCUGGUUGUCCGAUAUGGCCUGGAGAUUUUGAGUUACUAUAUAAGUAUGAAACAUAUAAUAACAGCUACAAAGAAUCACUAUCAGGAUCUGGUUGUCCGAUAUGGCCUGGAGAUUUUGAGUUACUAUAUAAGUAUGAAACAUAUAAUAACAGCUACAAAGAAUCACUAUCAGGAUCUGGUUGUCCGAUAUGGCCUGGAGAUUUUGAGUUACUAUAUAAGUAUGAAACAUAUAAUAACAGCUACAAAGAAUCACUAUCAGGAUCUGGUUGUCCGAUAUGGCCUGGAGAUUUUGAGUUACUAUAUAAGUAUGAAACAUAUAAUAACAGCUACAAAGAAUCACUAUCAGGAUCUGGUUGUCCGAUAUGGCCUGGAGAUUUUGAGUUACUAUAUAAGUAUGAAACAUAUAAUAACAGCUACAAAGAAUCACUAUCAGGAUCUGGUUGUCCGAUAUGGCCUGGAGAUUUUGAGUUACUAUAUAAGUAUGAAACAUAUAAUAACAGCUACAAAGAAUCACUAUCAGGAUCUGGUUGUCCGAUAUGGCCUGGAGAUUUUGAGUUACUAUAUAAGUAUGAAACAUAUAAUAACAGCUACAAAGAAUCACUAUCAGGAUCUGGUUGUCCGAUAUGGCCUGGAGAUUUUGAGUUACUAUAUAAGUAUGAAACAUAUAAUAACAGCUACAAAGAAUCACUAUCAGGAUCUGGUUGUCCGAUAUGGCCUGGAGAUUUUGAGUUACUAUAUAAGUAUGAAACAUAUAAUAACAGCUACAAAGAAUCACUAUCAGGAUCUGGUUGUCCGAUAUGGCCUGGAGAUUUUGAGUUACUAUAUAAGUAUGAAACAUAUAAUAACAGCUACAAAGAAUCACUAUCAGGAUCUGGUUGUCCGAUAUGGCCUGGAGAUUUUGAGUUACUAUAUAAGUAUGAAACAUAUAAUAACAGCUACAAAGAAUCACUAUCAGGAUCUGGUUGUCCGAUAUGGCCUGGAGAUUUUGAGUUACUAUAUAAGUAUGAAACAUAUAAUAACAGCUACAAAGAAUCACUAUCAGGAUCUGGUUGUCCGAUAUGGCCUGGAGAUUUUGAGUUACUAUAUAAGUAUGAAACAUAUAAUAACAGCUACAAAGAAUCACUAUCAGGAUCUGGUUGUCCGAUAUGGCCUGGAGAUUUUGAGUUACUAUAUAAGUAUGAAACAUAUAAUAACAGCUACAAAGAAUCACUAUCAGGAUCUGGUUGUCCGAUAUGGCCUGGAGAUUUUGAGUUACUAUAUAAGUAUGAAACAUAUAAUAACAGCUACAAAGAAUCACUAUCAGGAUCUGGUUGUCCGAUAUGGCCUGGAGAUUUUGAGUUACUAUAUAAGUAUGAAACAUAUAAUAACAGCUACAAAGAAUCACUAUCAGGAUCUGGUUGUCCGAUAUGGCCUGGAGAUUUUGAGUUACUAUAUAAGUAUGAAACAUAUAAUAACAGCUACAAAGAAUCACUAUCAGGAUCUGGUUGUCCGAUAUGGCCUGGAGAUUUUGAGUUACUAUAUAAGUAUGAAACAUAUAAUAACAGCUACAAAGAAUCACUAUCAGGAUCUGGUUGUCCGAUAUGGCCUGGAGAUUUUGAGUUACUAUAUAAGUAUGAAACAUAUAAUAACAGCUACAAAGAAUCACUAUCAGGAUCUGGUUGUCCGAUAUGGCCUGGAGAUUUUGAGUUACUAUAUAAGUAUGAAACAUAUAAUAACAGCUACAAAGAAUCACUAUCAGGAUCUGGUUGUCCGAUAUGGCCUGGAGAUUUUGAGUUACUAUAUAAGUAUGAAACAUAUAAUAACAGCUACAAAGAAUCACUAUCAGGAUCUGGUUGUCCGAUAUGGCCUGGAGAUUUUGAGUUACUAUAUAAGUAUGAAACAUAUAAUAACAGCUACAAAGAAUCACUAUCAGGAUCUGGUUGUCCGAUAUGGCCUGGAGAUUUUGAGUUACUAUAUAAGUAUGAAACAUAUAAUAACAGCUACAAAGAAUCACUAUCAGGAUCUGGUUGUCCGAUAUGGCCUGGAGAUUUUGAGUUACUAUAUAAGUAUGAAACAUAUAAUAACAGCUACAAAGAAUCACUAUCAGGAUCUGGUUGUCCGAUAUGGCCUGGAGAUUUUGAGUUACUAUAUAAGUAUGAAACAUAUAAUAACAGCUACAAAGAAUCACUAUCAGGAUCUGGUUGUCCGAUAUGGCCUGGAGAUUUUGAGUUACUAUAUAAGUAUGAAACAUAUAAUAACAGCUACAAAGAAUCACUAUCAGGAUCUGGUUGUCCGAUAUGGCCUGGAGAUUUUGAGUUACUAUAUAAGUAUGAAACAUAUAAUAACAGCUACAAAGAAUCACUAUCAGGAUCUGGUUGUCCGAUAUGGCCUGGAGAUUUUGAGUUACUAUAUAAGUAUGAAACAUAUAAUAACAGCUACAAAGAAUCACUAUCAGGAUCUGGUUGUCCGAUAUGGCCUGGAGAUUUUGAGUUACUAUAUAAGUAUGAAACAUAUAAUAACAGCUACAAAGAAUCACUAUCAGGAUCUGGUUGUCCGAUAUGGCCUGGAGAUUUUGAGUUACUAUAUAAGUAUGAAACAUAUAAUAACAGCUACAAAGAAUCACUAUCAGGAUCUGGUUGUCCGAUAUGGCCUGGAGAUUUUGAGUUACUAUAUAAGUAUGAAACAUAUAAUAACAGCUACAAAGAAUCACUAUCAGGAUCUGGUUGUCCGAUAUGGCCUGGAGAUUUUGAGUUACUAUAUAAGUAUGAAACAUAUAAUAACAGCUACAAAGAAUCACUAUCAGGAUCUGGUUGUCCGAUAUGGCCUGGAGAUUUUGAGUUACUAUAUAAGUAUGAAACAUAUAAUAACAGCUACAAAGAAUCACUAUCAGGAUCUGGUUGUCCGAUAUGGCCUGGAGAUUUUGAGUUACUAUAUAAGUAUGAAACAUAUAAUAACAGCUACAAAGAAUCACUAUCAGGAUCUGGUUGUCCGAUAUGGCCUGGAGAUUUUGAGUUACUAUAUAAGUAUGAAACAUAUAAUAACAGCUACAAAGAAUCACUAUCAGGAUCUGGUUGUCCGAUAUGGCCUGGAGAUUUUGAGUUACUAUAUAAGUAUGAAACAUAUAAUAACAGCUACAAAGAAUCACUAUCAGGAUCUGGUUGUCCGAUAUGGCCUGGAGAUUUUGAGUUACUAUAUAAGUAUGAAACAUAUAAUAACAGCUACAAAGAAUCACUAUCAGGAUCUGGUUGUCCGAUAUGGCCUGGAGAUUUUGAGUUACUAUAUAAGUAUGAAACAUAUAAUAACAGCUACAAAGAAUCACUAUCAGGAUCUGGUUGUCCGAUAUGGCCUGGAGAUUUUGAGUUACUAUAUAAGUAUGAAACAUAUAAUAACAGCUACAAAGAAUCACUAUCAGGAUCUGGUUGUCCGAUAUGGCCUGGAGAUUUUGAGUUACUAUAUAAGUAUGAAACAUAUAAUAACAGCUACAAAGAAUCACUAUCAGGAUCUGGUUGUCCGAUAUGGCCUGGAGAUUUUGAGUUACUAUAUAAGUAUGAAACAUAUAAUAACAGCUACAAAGAAUCACUAUCAGGAUCUGGUUGUCCGAUAUGGCCUGGAGAUUUUGAGUUACUAUAUAAGUAUGAAACAUAUAAUAACAGCUACAAAGAAUCACUAUCAGGAUCUGGUUGUCCGAUAUGGCCUGGAGAUUUUGAGUUACUAUAUAAGUAUGAAACAUAUAAUAACAGCUACAAAGAAUCACUAUCAGGAUCUGGUUGUCCGAUAUGGCCUGGAGAUUUUGAGUUACUAUAUAAGUAUGAAACAUAUAAUAACAGCUACAAAGAAUCACUAUCAGGAUCUGGUUGUCCGAUAUGGCCUGGAGAUUUUGAGUUACUAUAUAAGUAUGAAACAUAUAAUAACAGCUACAAAGAAUCACUAUCAGGAUCUGGUUGUCCGAUAUGGCCUGGAGAUUUUGAGUUACUAUAUAAGUAUGAAACAUAUAAUAACAGCUACAAAGAAUCACUAUCAGGAUCUGGUUGUCCGAUAUGGCCUGGAGAUUUUGAGUUACUAUAUAAGUAUGAAACAUAUAAUAACAGCUACAAAGAAUCACUAUCAGGAUCUGGUUGUCCGAUAUGGCCUGGAGAUUUUGAGUUACUAUAUAAGUAUGAAACAUAUAAUAACAGCUACAAAGAAUCACUAUCAGGAUCUGGUUGUCCGAUAUGGCCUGGAGAUUUUGAGUUACUAUAUAAGUAUGAAACAUAUAAUAACAGCUACAAAGAAUCACUAUCAGGAUCUGGUUGUCCGAUAUGGCCUGGAGAUUUUGAGUUACUAUAUAAGUAUGAAACAUAUAAUAACAGCUACAAAGAAUCACUAUCAGGAUCUGGUUGUCCGAUAUGGCCUGGAGAUUUUGAGUUACUAUAUAAGUAUGAAACAUAUAAUAACAGCUACAAAGAAUCACUAUCAGGAUCUGGUUGUCCGAUAUGGCCUGGAGAUUUUGAGUUACUAUAUAAGUAUGAAACAUAUAAUAACAGCUACAAAGAAUCACUAUCAGGAUCUGGUUGUCCGAUAUGGCCUGGAGAUUUUGAGUUACUAUAUAAGUAUGAAACAUAUAAUAACAGCUACAAAGAAUCACUAUCAGGAUCUGGUUGUCCGAUAUGGCCUGGAGAUUUUGAGUUACUAUAUAAGUAUGAAACAUAUAAUAACAGCUACAAAGAAUCACUAUCAGGAUCUGGUUGUCCGAUAUGGCCUGGAGAUUUUGAGUUACUAUAUAAGUAUGAAACAUAUAAUAACAGCUACAAAGAAUCACUAUCAGGAUCUGGUUGUCCGAUAUGGCCUGGAGAUUUUGAGUUACUAUAUAAGUAUGAAACAUAUAAUAACAGCUACAAAGAAUCACUAUCAGGAUCUGGUUGUCCGAUAUGGCCUGGAGAUUUUGAGUUACUAUAUAAGUAUGAAACAUAUAAUAACAGCUACAAAGAAUCACUAUCAGGAUCUGGUUGUCCGAUAUGGCCUGGAGAUUUUGAGUUACUAUAUAAGUAUGAAACAUAUAAUAACAGCUACAAAGAAUCACUAUCAGGAUCUGGUUGUCCGAUAUGGCCUGGAGAUUUUGAGUUACUAUAUAACUACAAAGAAUCACUAUCAGGAUCUGGUUGUCCGAUAUGGCCUGGAGAUUUUGAGUUACUAUAUAAGUAUGAAACAUAUAAUAACAGCUACAAAGAAUCACUAUCAGGAUCUGGUUGUCCGAUAUGGCCUGGAGAUUUUGAGUUACUAUAUAAGUAUGAAACAUAUAAUAACAGCUACAAAGAAUCACUAUCAGGAUCUGGUUGUCCGAUAUGGCCUGGAGAUUUUGAGUUACUAUAUAAGUAUGAAACAUAUAAUAACAGCUACAAAGAAUCACUAUCAGGAUCUGGUUGUCCGAUAUGGCCUGGAGAUUUUGAGUUACUAUAUAAGUAUGAAACAUAUAAUAACAGCUACAAAGAAUCACUAUCAGGAUCUGGUUGUCCGAUAUGGCCUGGAGAUUUUGAGUUACUAUAUAAGUAUGAAACAUAUAAUAACAGCUACAAAGAAUCACUAUCAGGAUCUGGUUGUCCGAUAUGGCCUGGAGAUUUUGAGUUACUAUAUAAGUAUGAAACAUAUAAUAACAGCUACAAAGAAUCACUAUCAGGAUCUGGUUGUCCGAUAUGGCCUGGAGAUUUUGAGUUACUAUAUAAGUAUGAAACAUAUAAUAACAGCUACAAAGAAUCACUAUCAGGAUCUGGUUGUCCGAUAUGGCCUGGAGAUUUUGAGUUACUAUAUAAGUAUGAAACAUAUAAUAACAGCUACAAAGAAUCACUAUCAGGAUCUGGUUGUCCGAUAUGGCCUGGAGAUUUUGAGUUACUAUAUAAGUAUGAAACAUAUAAUAACAGCUACAAAGAAUCACUAUCAGGAUCUGGUUGUCCGAUAUGGCCUGGAGAUUUUGAGUUACUAUAUAAGUAUGAAACAUAUAAUAACAGCUACAAAGAAUCACUAUCAGGAUCUGGUUGUCCGAUAUGGCCUGGAGAUUUUGAGUUACUAUAUAAGUAUGAAACAUAUAAUAACAGCUACAAAGAAUCACUAUCAGGAUCUGGUUGUCCGAUAUGGCCUGGAGAUUUUGAGUUACUAUAUAAGUAUGAAACAUAUAAUAACAGCUACAAAGAAUCACUAUCAGGAUCUGGUUGUCCGAUAUGGCCUGGAGAUUUUGAGUUACUAUAUAAGUAUGAAACAUAUAAUAACAGCUACAAAGAAUCACUAUCAGGAUCUGGUUGUCCGAUAUGGCCUGGAGAUUUUGAGUUACUAUAUAAGUAUGAAACAUAUAAUAACAGCUACAAAGAAUCACUAUCAGGAUCUGGUUGUCCGAUAUGGCCUGGAGAUUUUGAGUUACUAUAUAAGUAUGAAACAUAUAAUAACAGCUACAAAGAAUCACUAUCAGGAUCUGGUUGUCCGAUAUGGCCUGGAGAUUUUGAGUUACUAUAUAAGUAUGAAACAUAUAAUAACAGCUACAAAGAAUCACUAUCAGGAUCUGGUUGUCCGAUAUGGCCUGGAGAUUUUGAGUUACUAUAUAAGUAUGAAACAUAUAAUAACAGCUACAAAGAAUCACUAUCAGGAUCUGGUUGUCCGAUAUGGCCUGGAGAUUUUGAGUUACUAUAUAAGUAUGAAACAUAUAAUAACAGCUACAAAGAAUCACUAUCAGGAUCUGGUUGUCCGAUAUGGCCUGGAGAUUUUGAGUUACUAUAUAAGUAUGAAACAUAUAAUAACAGCUACAAAGAAUCACUAUCAGGAUCUGGUUGUCCGAUAUGGCCUGGAGAUUUUGAGUUACUAUAUAAGUAUGAAACAUAUAAUAACAGCUACAAAGAAUCACUAUCAGGAUCUGGUUGUCCGAUAUGGCCUGGAGAUUUUGAGUUACUAUAUAAGUAUGAAACAUAUAAUAACAGCUACAAAGAAUCACUAUCAGGAUCUGGUUGUCCGAUAUGGCCUGGAGAUUUUGAGUUACUAUAUAAGUAUGAAACAUAUAAUAACAGCUACAAAGAAUCACUAUCAGGAUCUGGUUGUCCGAUAUGGCCUGGAGAUUUUGAGUUACUAUAUAAGUAUGAAACAUAUAAUAACAGCUACAAAGAAUCACUAUCAGGAUCUGGUUGUCCGAUAUGGCCUGGAGAUUUUGAGUUACUAUAUAAGUAUGAAACAUAUAAUAACAGCUACAAAGAAUCACUAUCAGGAUCUGGUUGUCCGAUAUGGCCUGGAGAUUUUGAGUUACUAUAUAAGUAUGAAACAUAUAAUAACAGCUACAAAGAAUCACUAUCAGGAUCUGGUUGUCCGAUAUGGCCUGGAGAUUUUGAGUUACUAUAUAAGUAUGAAACAUAUAAUAACAGCUACAAAGAAUCACUAUCAGGAUCUGGUUGUCCGAUAUGGCCUGGAGAUUUUGAGUUACUAUAUAAGUAUGAAACAUAUAAUAACAGCUACAAAGAAUCACUAUCAGGAUCUGGUUGUCCGAUAUGGCCUGGAGAUUUUGAGUUACUAUAUAAGUAUGAAACAUAUAAUAACAGCUACAAAGAAUCACUAUCAGGAUCUGGUUGUCCGAUAUGGCCUGGAGAUUUUGAGUUACUAUAUAAGUAUGAAACAUAUAAUAACAGCUACAAAGAAUCACUAUCAGGAUCUGGUUGUCCGAUAUGGCCUGGAGAUUUUGAGUUACUAUAUAAGUAUGAAACAUAUAAUAACAGCUACAAAGAAUCACUAUCAGGAUCUGGUUGUCCGAUAUGGCCUGGAGAUUUUGAGUUACUAUAUAAGUAUGAAACAUAUAAUAACAGCUACAAAGAAUCACUAUCAGGAUCUGGUUGUCCGAUAUGGCCUGGAGAUUUUGAGUUACUAUAUAAGUAUGAAACAUAUAAUAACAGCUACAAAGAAUCACUAUCAGGAUCUGGUUGUCCGAUAUGGCCUGGAGAUUUUGAGUUACUAUAUAAGUAUGAAACAUAUAAUAACAGCUACAAAGAAUCACUAUCAGGAUCUGGUUGUCCGAUAUGGCCUGGAGAUUUUGAGUUACUAUAUAAGUAUGAAACAUAUAAUAACAGCUACAAAGAAUCACUAUCAGGAUCUGGUUGUCCGAUAUGGCCUGGAGAUUUUGAGUUACUAUAUAAGUAUGAAACAUAUAAUAACAGCUACAAAGAAUCACUAUCAGGAUCUGGUUGUCCGAUAUGGCCUGGAGAUUUUGAGUUACUAUAUAAGUAUGAAACAUAUAAUAACAGCUACAAAGAAUCACUAUCAGGAUCUGGUUGUCCGAUAUGGCCUGGAGAUUUUGAGUUACUAUAUAAGUAUGAAACAUAUAAUAACAGCUACAAAGAAUCACUAUCAGGAUCUGGUUGUCCGAUAUGGCCUGGAGAUUUUGAGUUACUAUAUAAGUAUGAAACAUAUAAUAACAGCUACAAAGAAUCACUAUCAGGAUCUGGUUGUCCGAUAUGGCCUGGAGAUUUUGAGUUACUAUAUAAGUAUGAAACAUAUAAUAACAGCUACAAAGAAUCACUAUCAGGAUCUGGUUGUCCGAUAUGGCCUGGAGAUUUUGAGUUACUAUAUAAGUAUGAAACAUAUAAUAACAGCUACAAAGAAUCACUAUCAGGAUCUGGUUGUCCGAUAUGGCCUGGAGAUUUUGAGUUACUAUAUAAGUAUGAAACAUAUAAUAACAGCUACAAAGAAUCACUAUCAGGAUCUGGUUGUCCGAUAUGGCCUGGAGAUUUUGAGUUACUAUAUAAGUAUGAAACAUAUAAUAACAGCUACAAAGAAUCACUAUCAGGAUCUGGUUGUCCGAUAUGGCCUGGAGAUUUUGAGUUACUAUAUAAGUAUGAAACAUAUAAUAACAGCUACAAAGAAUCACUAUCAGGAUCUGGUUGUCCGAUAUGGCCUGGAGAUUUUGAGUUACUAUAUAAGUAUGAAACAUAUAAUAACAGCUACAAAGAAUCACUAUCAGGAUCUGGUUGUCCGAUAUGGCCUGGAGAUUUUGAGUUACUAUAUAAGUAUGAAACAUAUAAUAACAGCUACAAAGAAUCACUAUCAGGAUCUGGUUGUCCGAUAUGGCCUGGAGAUUUUGAGUUACUAUAUAAGUAUGAAACAUAUAAUAACAGCUACAAAGAAUCACUAUCAGGAUCUGGUUGUCCGAUAUGGCCUGGAGAUUUUGAGUUACUAUAUAAGUAUGAAACAUAUAAUAACAGCUACAAAGAAUCACUAUCAGGAUCUGGUUGUCCGAUAUGGCCUGGAGAUUUUGAGUUACUAUAUAAGUAUGAAACAUAUAAUAACAGCUACAAAGAAUCACUAUCAGGAUCUGGUUGUCCGAUAUGGCCUGGAGAUUUUGAGUUACUAUAUAAGUAUGAAACAUAUAAUAACAGCUACAAAGAAUCACUAUCAGGAUCUGGUUGUCCGAUAUGGCCUGGAGAUUUUGAGUUACUAUAUAAGUAUGAAACAUAUAAUAACAGCUACAAAGAAUCACUAUCAGGAUCUGGUUGUCCGAUAUGGCCUGGAGAUUUUGAGUUACUAUAUAAGUAUGAAACAUAUAAUAACAGCUACAAAGAAUCACUAUCAGGAUCUGGUUGUCCGAUAUGGCCUGGAGAUUUUGAGUUACUAUAUAAGUAUGAAACAUAUAAUAACAGCUACAAAGAAUCACUAUCAGGAUCUGGUUGUCCGAUAUGGCCUGGAGAUUUUGAGUUACUAUAUAAGUAUGAAACAUAUAAUAACAGCUACAAAGAAUCACUAUCAGGAUCUGGUUGUCCGAUAUGGCCUGGAGAUUUUGAGUUACUAUAUAAGUAUGAAACAUAUAAUAACAGCUACAAAGAAUCACUAUCAGGAUCUGGUUGUCCGAUAUGGCCUGGAGAUUUUGAGUUACUAUAUAAGUAUGAAACAUAUAAUAACAGCUACAAAGAAUCACUAUCAGGAUCUGGUUGUCCGAUAUGGCCUGGAGAUUUUGAGUUACUAUAUAAGUAUGAAACAUAUAAUAACAGCUACAAAGAAUCACUAUCAGGAUCUGGUUGUCCGAUAUGGCCUGGAGAUUUUGAGUUACUAUAUAAGUAUGAAACAUAUAAUAACAGCUACAAAGAAUCACUAUCAGGAUCUGGUUGUCCGAUAUGGCCUGGAGAUUUUGAGUUACUAUAUAAGUAUGAAACAUAUAAUAACAGCUACAAAGAAUCACUAUCAGGAUCUGGUUGUCCGAUAUGGCCUGGAGAUUUUGAGUUACUAUAUAAGUAUGAAACAUAUAAUAACAGCUACAAAGAAUCACUAUCAGGAUCUGGUUGUCCGAUAUGGCCUGGAGAUUUUGAGUUACUAUAUAAGUAUGAAACAUAUAAUAACAGCUACAAAGAAUCACUAUCAGGAUCUGGUUGUCCGAUAUGGCCUGGAGAUUUUGAGUUACUAUAUAAGUAUGAAACAUAUAAUAACAGCUACAAAGAAUCACUAUCAGGAUCUGGUUGUCCGAUAUGGCCUGGAGAUUUUGAGUUACUAUAUAAGUAUGAAACAUAUAAUAACAGCUACAAAGAAUCACUAUCAGGAUCUGGUUGUCCGAUAUGGCCUGGAGAUUUUGAGUUACUAUAUAAGUAUGAAACAUAUAAUAACAGCUACAAAGAAUCACUAUCAGGAUCUGGUUGUCCGAUAUGGCCUGGAGAUUUUGAGUUACUAUAUAAGUAUGAAACAUAUAAUAACAGCUACAAAGAAUCACUAUCAGGAUCUGGUUGUCCGAUAUGGCCUGGAGAUUUUGAGUUACUAUAUAAGUAUGAAACAUAUAAUAACAGCUACAAAGAAUCACUAUCAGGAUCUGGUUGUCCGAUAUGGCCUGGAGAUUUUGAGUUACUAUAUAAGUAUGAAACAUAUAAUAACAGCUACAAAGAAUCACUAUCAGGAUCUGGUUGUCCGAUAUGGCCUGGAGAUUUUGAGUUACUAUAUAAGUAUGAAACAUAUAAUAACAGCUACAAAGAAUCACUAUCAGGAUCUGGUUGUCCGAUAUGGCCUGGAGAUUUUGAGUUACUAUAUAAGUAUGAAACAUAUAAUAACAGCUACAAAGAAUCACUAUCAGGAUCUGGUUGUCCGAUAUGGCCUGGAGAUUUUGAGUUACUAUAUAAGUAUGAAACAUAUAAUAACAGCUACAAAGAAUCACUAUCAGGAUCUGGUUGUCCGAUAUGGCCUGGAGAUUUUGAGUUACUAUAUAAGUAUGAAACAUAUAAUAACAGCUACAAAGAAUCACUAUCAGGAUCUGGUUGUCCGAUAUGGCCUGGAGAUUUUGAGUUACUAUAUAAGUAUGAAACAUAUAAUAACAGCUACAAAGAAUCACUAUCAGGAUCUGGUUGUCCGAUAUGGCCUGGAGAUUUUGAGUUACUAUAUAAGUAUGAAACAUAUAAUAACAGCUACAAAGAAUCACUAUCAGGAUCUGGUUGUCCGAUAUGGCCUGGAGAUUUUGAGUUACUAUAUAAGUAUGAAACAUAUAAUAACAGCUACAAAGAAUCACUAUCAGGAUCUGGUUGUCCGAUAUGGCCUGGAGAUUUUGAGUUACUAUAUAAGUAUGAAACAUAUAAUAACAGCUACAAAGAAUCACUAUCAGGAUCUGGUUGUCCGAUAUGGCCUGGAGAUUUUGAGUUACUAUAUAAGUAUGAAACAUAUAAUAACAGCUACAAAGAAUCACUAUCAGGAUCUGGUUGUCCGAUAUGGCCUGGAGAUUUUGAGUUACUAUAUAAGUAUGAAACAUAUAAUAACAGCUACAAAGAAUCACUAUCAGGAUCUGGUUGUCCGAUAUGGCCUGGAGAUUUUGAGUUACUAUAUAAGUAUGAAACAUAUAAUAACAGCUACAAAGAAUCACUAUCAGGAUCUGGUUGUCCGAUAUGGCCUGGAGAUUUUGAGUUACUAUAUAAGUAUGAAACAUAUAAUAACAGCUACAAAGAAUCACUAUCAGGAUCUGGUUGUCCGAUAUGGCCUGGAGAUUUUGAGUUACUAUAUAAGUAUGAAACAUAUAAUAACAGCUACAAAGAAUCACUAUCAGGAUCUGGUUGUCCGAUAUGGCCUGGAGAUUUUGAGUUACUAUAUAAGUAUGAAACAUAUAAUAACAGCUACAAAGAAUCACUAUCAGGAUCUGGUUGUCCGAUAUGGCCUGGAGAUUUUGAGUUACUAUAUAAGUAUGAAACAUAUAAUAACAGCUACAAAGAAUCACUAUCAGGAUCUGGUUGUCCGAUAUGGCCUGGAGAUUUUGAGUUACUAUAUAAGUAUGAAACAUAUAAUAACAGCUACAAAGAAUCACUAUCAGGAUCUGGUUGUCCGAUAUGGCCUGGAGAUUUUGAGUUACUAUAUAAGUAUGAAACAUAUAAUAACAGCUACAAAGAAUCACUAUCAGGAUCUGGUUGUCCGAUAUGGCCUGGAGAUUUUGAGUUACUAUAUAAGUAUGAAACAUAUAAUAACAGCUACAAAGAAUCACUAUCAGGAUCUGGUUGUCCGAUAUGGCCUGGAGAUUUUGAGUUACUAUAUAAGUAUGAAACAUAUAAUAACAGCUACAAAGAAUCACUAUCAGGAUCUGGUUGUCCGAUAUGGCCUGGAGAUUUUGAGUUACUAUAUAAGUAUGAAACAUAUAAUAACAGCUACAAAGAAUCACUAUCAGGAUCUGGUUGUCCGAUAUGGCCUGGAGAUUUUGAGUUACUAUAUAAGUAUGAAACAUAUAAUAACAGCUACAAAGAAUCACUAUCAGGAUCUGGUUGUCCGAUAUGGCCUGGAGAUUUUGAGUUACUAUAUAAGUAUGAAACAUAUAAUAACAGCUACAAAGAAUCACUAUCAGGAUCUGGUUGUCCGAUAUGGCCUGGAGAUUUUGAGUUACUAUAUAAGUAUGAAACAUAUAAUAACAGCUACAAAGAAUCACUAUCAGGAUCUGGUUGUCCGAUAUGGCCUGGAGAUUUUGAGUUACUAUAUAAGUAUGAAACAUAUAAUAACAGCUACAAAGAAUCACUAUCAGGAUCUGGUUGUCCGAUAUGGCCUGGAGAUUUUGAGUUACUAUAUAAGUAUGAAACAUAUAAUAACAGCUACAAAGAAUCACUAUCAGGAUCUGGUUGUCCGAUAUGGCCUGGAGAUUUUGAGUUACUAUAUAAGUAUGAAACAUAUAAUAACAGCUACAAAGAAUCACUAUCAGGAUCUGGUUGUCCGAUAUGGCCUGGAGAUUUUGAGUUACUAUAUAAGUAUGAAACAUAUAAUAACAGCUACAAAGAAUCACUAUCAGGAUCUGGUUGUCCGAUAUGGCCUGGAGAUUUUGAGUUACUAUAUAAGUAUGAAACAUAUAAUAACAGCUACAAAGAAUCACUAUCAGGAUCUGGUUGUCCGAUAUGGCCUGGAGAUUUUGAGUUACUAUAUAAGUAUGAAACAUAUAAUAACAGCUACAAAGAAUCACUAUCAGGAUCUGGUUGUCCGAUAUGGCCUGGAGAUUUUGAGUUACUAUAUAAGUAUGAAACAUAUAAUAACAGCUACAAAGAAUCACUAUCAGGAUCUGGUUGUCCGAUAUGGCCUGGAGAUUUUGAGUUACUAUAUAAGUAUGAAACAUAUAAUAACAGCUACAAAGAAUCACUAUCAGGAUCUGGUUGUCCGAUAUGGCCUGGAGAUUUUGAGUUACUAUAUAAGUAUGAAACAUAUAAUAACAGCUACAAAGAAUCACUAUCAGGAUCUGGUUGUCCGAUAUGGCCUGGAGAUUUUGAGUUACUAUAUAAGUAUGAAACAUAUAAUAACAGCUACAAAGAAUCACUAUCAGGAUCUGGUUGUCCGAUAUGGCCUGGAGAUUUUGAGUUACUAUAUAAGUAUGAAACAUAUAAUAACAGCUACAAAGAAUCACUAUCAGGAUCUGGUUGUCCGAUAUGGCCUGGAGAUUUUGAGUUACUAUAUAAGUAUGAAACAUAUAAUAACAGCUACAAAGAAUCACUAUCAGGAUCUGGUUGUCCGAUAUGGCCUGGAGAUUUUGAGUUACUAUAUAACUACAAAGAAUCACUAUCAGGAUCUGGUUGUCCGAUAUGGCCUGGAGAUUUUGAGUUACUAUAUAAGUAUGAAACAUAUAAUAACAGCUACAAAGAAUCACUAUCAGGAUCUGGUUGUCCGAUAUGGCCUGGAGAUUUUGAGUUACUAUAUAAGUAUGAAACAUAUAAUAACAGCUACAAAGAAUCACUAUCAGGAUCUGGUUGUCCGAUAUGGCCUGGAGAUUUUGAGUUACUAUAUAAGUAUGAAACAUAUAAUAACAGCUACAAAGAAUCACUAUCAGGAUCUGGUUGUCCGAUAUGGCCUGGAGAUUUUGAGUUACUAUAUAACUACAAAGAAUCACUAUCAGGAUCUGGUUGUCCGAUAUGGCCUGGAGAUUUUGAGUUACUAUAUAAGUAUGAAACAUAUAAUAACAGCUACAAAGAAUCACUAUCAGGAUCUGGUUGUCCGAUAUGGCCUGGAGAUUUUGAGUUACUAUAUAAGUAUGAAACAUAUAAUAACAGCUACAAAGAAUCACUAUCAGGAUCUGGUUGUCCGAUAUGGCCUGGAGAUUUUGAGUUACUAUAUAACUACAAAGAAUCACUAUCAGGAUCUGGUUGUCCGAUAUGGCCUGGAGAUUUUGAGUUACUAUAUAAGUAUGAAACAUAUAAUAACAGCUACAAAGAAUCACUAUCAGGAUCUGGUUGUCCGAUAUGGCCUGGAGAUUUUGAGUUACUAUAUAAGUAUGAAACAUAUAAUAACAGCUACAAAGAAUCACUAUCAGGAUCUGGUUGUCCGAUAUGGCCUGGAGAUUUUGAGUUACUAUAUAAGUAUGAAACAUAUAAUAACAGCUACAAAGAAUCACUAUCAGGAUCUGGUUGUCCGAUAUGGCCUGGAGAUUUUGAGUUACUAUAUAAGUAUGAAACAUAUAAUAACAGCUACAAAGAAUCACUAUCAGGAUCUGGUUGUCCGAUAUGGCCUGGAGAUUUUGAGUUACUAUAUAACUACAAAGAAUCACUAUCAGGAUCUGGUUGUCCGAUAUGGCCUGGAGAUUUUGAGUUACUAUAUAAGUAUGAAACAUAUAAUAACAGCUACAAAGAAUCACUAUCAGGAUCUGGUUGUCCGAUAUGGCCUGGAGAUUUUGAGUUACUAUAUAAGUAUGAAACAUAUAAUAACAGCUACAAAGAAUCACUAUCAGGAUCUGGUUGUCCGAUAUGGCCUGGAGAUUUUGAGUUACUAUAUAAGUAUGAAACAUAUAAUAACAGCUACAAAGAAUCACUAUCAGGAUCUGGUUGUCCGAUAUGGCCUGGAGAUUUUGAGUUACUAUAUAAGUAUGAAACAUAUCAAAUAACAGCUACAAAGAAUCACUAUCAGGAUCUGGUUUGUCCGAUAUGGCCUGGAGAUUUUGAGUUACUAUAUAAGUAUGAAACAUAUAAUAACAGCUACAAAGAAUCACUAUCAGGAUCUGGUUGUCCGAUAUGGCCUGGAGAUUUUGAGUUACUAUAUAACUACAAGAAUCACUAUCAGGAUCUGGUUGUCCGAUAUGGCCUGGAGAUUUUGAGUUACUAUAUAAGUAUGAAACAUAUAAUAACAGCUACAAAGAAUCACUAUCAGGAUCUGGUUGUCCGAUAUGGCCUGGAGAUUUUGAGUUACUAUAUAAGUAUGAAACAUAUAAUAACAGCUACAAAGAAUCACUAUCAGGAUCUGGUUGUCCGAUAUGGCCUGGAGAUUUUGAGUUACUAUAUAAGUAUGAAAACAUAUAAUAACAGCUACAAAGAAUCACUAUCAGGAUCUGGUUGUCCGAUAUGGCCUGGAGAUUUUGAGUUACUAUAUAAGUAUGAAACAUAUAAUAACAGCUACAAAGAAUCACUAUCAGGAUCUGGUUGUCCGAUAUGGCCUGGAGAUUUUGAGUUACUAUAUAAGUAUGAAACAUAUAAUAACAGCUACAAAGAAUCACUAUCAGGAUCUGGUUGUCCGAUAUGGCCUGGAGAUUUUGAGUUACUAUAUAAGUAUGAAACAUAUAAUAACAGCUACAAAGAAUCACUAUCAGGAUCUGGUUGUCCGAUAUGGCCUGGAGAUUUUGAGUUACUAUAUAAGUAUGAAACAUAUAAUAACAGCUACAAAGAAUCACUAUCAGGAUCUGGUUGUCCGAUAUGGCCUGGAGAUUUUGAGUUACUAUAUAAGUAUGAAACAUAUAAUAACAGCUACAAAGAAUCACUAUCAGGAUCUGGUUGUCCGAUAUGGCCUGGAGAUUUUGAGUUACUAUAUAAGUAUGAAACAUAUAAUAACAGCUACAAAGAAUCACUAUCAGGAUCUGGUUGUCCGAUAUGGCCUGGAGAUUUUGAGUUACUAUAUAAGUAUGAAACAUAUAAUAACAGCUACAAAGAAUCACUAUCAGGAUCUGGUUGUCCGAUAUGGCCUGGAGAUUUUGAGUUACUAUAUAAGUAUGAAACAUAUAAUAACAGCUACAAAGAAUCACUAUCAGGAUCUGGUUGUCCGAUAUGGCCUGGAGAUUUUGAGUUACUAUAUAACUACAAAGAAUCACUAUCAGGAUCUGGUUGUCCGAUAUGGCCUGGAGAUUUUGAGUUACUAUAUAAGUAUGAAACAUAUAAUAACAGCUACAAAGAAUCACUAUCAGGAUCUGGUUGUCCGAUAUGGCCUGGAGAUUUUGAGUUACUAUAUAAGUAUGAAACAUAUAAUAACAGCUACAAAGAAUCACUAUCAGGAUCUGGUUGUCCGAUAUGGCCUGGAGAUUUUGAGUUACUAUAUAAGUAUGAAACAUAUAAUAACAGCUACAAAGAAUCACUAUCAGGAUCUGGUUGUCCGAUAUGGCCUGGAGAUUUUGAGUUACUAUAUAAGUAUGAAACAUAUAAUAACAGCUACAAAGAAUCACUAUCAGGAUCUGGUUGUCCGAUAUGGCCUGGAGAUUUUGAGUUACUAUAUAAGUAUGAAACAUAUAAUAACAGCUACAAAGAAUCACUAUCAGGAUCUGGUUGUCCGAUAUGGCCUGGAGAUUUUGAGUUACUAUAUAAGUAUGAAACAUAUAAUAACAGCUACAAAGAAUCACUAUCAGGAUCUGGUUGUCCGAUAUGGCCUGGAGAUUUUGAGUUACUAUAUAAGUAUGAAACAUAUAAUAACAGCUACAAAGAAUCACUAUCAGGAUCUGGUUGUCCGAUAUGGCCUGGAGAUUUUGAGUUACUAUAUAAGUAUGAAACAUAUAAUAACAGCUACAAAGAAUCACUAUCAGGAUCUGGUUGUCCGAUAUGGCCUGGAGAUUUUGAGUUACUAUAUAAGUAUGAAACAUAUAAUAACAGCUACAAAGAAUCACUAUCAGGAUCUGGUUGUCCGAUAUGGCCUGGAGAUUUUGAGUUACUAUAUAAGUAUGAAACAUAUAAUAACAGCUACAAAGAAUCACUAUCAGGAUCUGGUUGUCCGAUAUGGCCUGGAGAUUUUGAGUUACUAUAUAAGUAUGAAACAUAUAAUAACAGCUACAAAGAAUCACUAUCAGGAUCUGGUUGUCCGAUAUGGCCUGGAGAUUUUGAGUUACUAUAUAAGUAUGAAACAUAUAAUAACAGCUACAAAGAAUCACUAUCAGGAUCUGGUUGUCCGAUAUGGCCUGGAGAUUUUGAGUUACUAUAUAAGUAUGAAACAUAUAAUAACAGCUACAAAGAAUCACUAUCAGGAUCUGGUUGUCCGAUAUGGCCUGGAGAUUUUGAGUUACUAUAUAAGUAUGAAACAUAUAAUAACAGCUACAAAGAAUCACUAUCAGGAUCUGGUUGUCCGAUAUGGCCUGGAGAUUUUGAGUUACUAUAUAAGUAUGAAACAUAUAAUAACAGCUACAAAGAAUCACUAUCAGGAUCUGGUUGUCCGAUAUGGCCUGGAGAUUUUGAGUUACUAUAUAAGUAUGAAACAUAUAAUAACAGCUACAAAGAAUCACUAUCAGGAUCUGGCUGUCCGAUAUGGCCUGGAGAUUUUGAGUUACUAUAUAAGUAUGAAACAUAUAAUAACAGCUACAAAGAAUCACUAUCAGGAUCUGGCUGUCCGAUAUGGCCUGGAGAUUUUGAGUUACUAUAUAAGUAUGAAACAUAUAAUAACAGCUACAAAGAAUCACUAUCAGGAUCUGGCUGUCCGAUAUGGCCUGGAGAUUUUGAGUUACUAUAUAAGUAUGAAACAUAUAAUAACAGCUACAAAGAAUCACUAUCAGGAUCUGGCUGUCCGAUAUGGCCUGGAGAUUUUGAGUUACUAUAUAAGUAUGAAACAUAUAAUAACAGCUACAAAGAAUCACUAUCAGGAUCUGGCUGUCCGAUAUGGCCUGGAGAUUUUGAGUUACUAUAUAAGUAUGAAACAUAUAAUAACAGCUACAAAGAAUCACUAUCAGGAUCUGGCUGUCCGAUAUGGCCUGGAGAUUUUGAGUUACUAUAUAAGUAUGAAACAUAUAAUAACAGCUACAAAGAAUCACUAUCAGGAUCUGGCUGUCCGAUAUGGCCUGGAGAUUUUGAGUUACUAUAUAAGUAUGAAACAUAUAAUAACAGCUACAAAGAAUCACUAUCAGGAUCUGGUUGUCCGAUAUGGCCUGGAGAUUUUGAGUUACUAUAUAAGUAUGAAACAUAUAAUAACAGCUACAAAGAAUCACUAUCAGGAUCUGGUUGUCCGAUAUGGCCUGGAGAUUUUGAGUUACUAUAUAAGUAUGAAACAUAUAAUAACAGCUACAAAGAAUCACUAUCAGGAUCUGGUUGUCCGAUAUGGCCUGGAGAUUUUGAGUUACUAUAUAAGUAUGAAACAUAUAAUAACAGCUACAAAGAAUCACUAUCAGGAUCUGGUUGUCCGAUAUGGCCUGGAGAUUUUGAGUUACUAUAUAAGUAUGAAACAUAUAAUAACAGCUACAAAGAAUCACUAUCAGGAUCUGGCUGUCCGAUAUGGCCUGGAGAUUUUGAGUUACUAUAUAAGUAUGAAACAUAUAAUAACAGCUACAAAGAAUCACUAUCAGGAUCUGGCUGUCCGAUAUGGCCUGGAGAUUUUGAGUUACUAUAUAAGUAUGAAACAUAUAAUAACAGCUACAAAGAAUCACUAUCAGGAUCUGGCUGUCCGAUAUGGCCUGGAGAUUUUGAGUUACUAUAUAAGUAUGAAACAUAUAAUAACAGCUACAAAGAAUCACUAUCAGGAUCUGGCUGUCCGAUAUGGCCUGGAGAUUUUGAGUUACUAUAUAAGUAUGAAACAUAUAAUAACAGCUACAAAGAAUCACUAUCAGGAUCUGGCUGUCCGAUAUGGCCUGGAGAUUUUGAGUUACUAUAUAAGUAUGAAACAUAUAAUAACAGCUACAAAGAAUCACUAUCAGGAUCUGGCUGUCCGAUAUGGCCUGGAGAUUUUGAGUUACUAUAUAAGUAUGAAACAUAUAAUAACAGCUACAAAGAAUCACUAUCAGGAUCUGGCUGUCCGAUAUGGCCUGGAGAUUUUGAGUUACUAUAUAAGUAUGAAACAUAUAAUAACAGCUACAAAGAAUCACUAUCAGGAUCUGGUUGUCCGAUAUGGCCUGGAGAUUUUGAGUUACUAUAUAAGUAUGAAACAUAUAAUAACAGCUACAAAGAAUCACUAUCAGGAUCUGGUUGUCCGAUAUGGCCUGGAGAUUUUGAGUUACUAUAUAAGUAUGAAACAUAUAAUAACAGCUACAAAGAAUCACUAUCAGGAUCUGGUUGUCCGAUAUGGCCUGGAGAUUUUGAGUUACUAUAUAAGUAUGAAACAUAUAAUAACAGCUACAAAGAAUCACUAUCAGGAUCUGGUUGUCCGAUAUGGCCUGGAGAUUUUGAGUUACUAUAUAAGUAUGAAACAUAUAAUAACAGCUACAAAGAAUCACUAUCAGGAUCUGGUUGUCCGAUAUGGCCUGGAGAUUUUGAGUUACUAUAUAAGUAUGAAACAUAUAAUAACAGCUACAAAGAAUCACUAUCAGGAUCUGGUUGUCCGAUAUGGCCUGGAGAUUUUGAGUUACUAUAUAAGUAUGAAACAUAUAAUAACAGCUACAAAGAAUCACUAUCAGGAUCUGGUUGUCCGAUAUGGCCUGGAGAUUUUGAGUUACUAUAUAAGUAUGAAACAUAUAAUAACAGCUACAAAGAAUCACUAUCAGGAUCUGGUUGUCCGAUAUGGCCUGGAGAUUUUGAGUUACUAUAUAAGUAUGAAACAUAUAAUAACAGCUACAAAGAAUCACUAUCAGGAUCUGGUUGUCCGAUAUGGCCUGGAGAUUUUGAGUUACUAUAUAACUACAAAGAAUCACUAUCAGGAUCUGGUUGUCCGAUAUGGCCUGGAGAUUUUGAGUUACUAUAUAAGUAUGAAACAUAUAAUAACAGCUACAAAGAAUCACUAUCAGGAUCUGGUUGUCCGAUAUGGCCUGGAGAUUUUGAGUUACUAUAUAAGUAUGAAACAUAUAAUAACAGCUACAAAGAAUCACUAUCAGGAUCUGGUUGUCCGAUAUGGCCUGGAGAUUUUGAGUUACUAUAUAAGUAUGAAACAUAUAAUAACAGCUACAAAGAAUCACUAUCAGGAUCUGGUUGUCCGAUAUGGCCUGGAGAUUUUGAGUUACUAUAUAAGUAUGAAACAUAUAAUAACAGCUACAAAGAAUCACUAUCAGGAUCUGGUUGUCCGAUAUGGCCUGGAGAUUUUGAGUUACUAUAUAAGUAUGAAACAUAUAAUAACAGCUACAAAGAAUCACUAUCAGGAUCUGGUUGUCCGAUAUGGCCUGGAGAUUUUGAGUUACUAUAUAAGUAUGAAACAUAUAAUAACAGCUACAAAGAAUCACUAUCAGGAUCUGGUUGUCCGAUAUGGCCUGGAGAUUUUGAGUUACUAUAUAAGUAUGAAACAUAUAAUAACAGCUACAAAGAAUCACUAUCAGGAUCUGGUUGUCCGAUAUGGCCUGGAGAUUUUGAGUUACUAUAUAAGUAUGAAACAUAUAAUAACAGCUACAAAGAAUCACUAUCAGGAUCUGGUUGUCCGAUAUGGCCUGGAGAUUUUGAGUUACUAUAUAAGUAUGAAACAUAUAAUAACAGCUACAAAGAAUCACUAUCAGGAUCUGGUUGUCCGAUAUGGCCUGGAGAUUUUGAGUUACUAUAUAAGUAUGAAACAUAUAAUAACAGCUACAAAGAAUCACUAUCAGGAUCUGGUUGUCCGAUAUGGCCUGGAGAUUUUGAGUUACUAUAUAAGUAUGAAACAUAUAAUAACAGCUACAAAGAAUCACUAUCAGGAUCUGGUUGUCCGAUAUGGCCUGGAGAUUUUGAGUUACUAUAUAAGUAUGAAACAUAUAAUAACAGCUACAAAGAAUCACUAUCAGGAUCUGGUUGUCCGAUAUGGCCUGGAGAUUUUGAGUUACUAUAUAAGUAUGAAACAUAUAAUAACAGCUACAAAGAAUCACUAUCAGGAUCUGGUUGUCCGAUAUGGCCUGGAGAUUUUGAGUUACUAUAUAAGUAUGAAACAUAUAAUAACAGCUACAAAGAAUCACUAUCAGGAUCUGGUUGUCCGAUAUGGCCUGGAGAUUUUGAGUUACUAUAUAAGUAUGAAACAUAUAAUAACAGCUACAAAGAAUCACUAUCAGGAUCUGGUUGUCCGAUAUGGCCUGGAGAUUUUGAGUUACUAUAUAAGUAUGAAACAUAUAAUAACAGCUACAAAGAAUCACUAUCAGGAUCUGGUUGUCCGAUAUGGCCUGGAGAUUUUGAGUUACUAUAUAAGUAUGAAACAUAUAAUAACAGCUACAAAGAAUCACUAUCAGGAUCUGGUUGUCCGAUAUGGCCUGGAGAUUUUGAGUUACUAUAUAAGUAUGAAACAUAUAAUAACAGCUACAAAGAAUCACUAUCAGGAUCUGGUUGUCCGAUAUGGCCUGGAGAUUUUGAGUUACUAUAUAAGUAUGAAACAUAUAAUAACAGCUACAAAGAAUCACUAUCAGGAUCUGGUUGUCCGAUAUGGCCUGGAGAUUUUGAGUUACUAUAUAAGUAUGAAACAUAUAAUAACAGCUACAAAGAAUCACUAUCAGGAUCUGGUUGUCCGAUAUGGCCUGGAGAUUUUGAGUUACUAUAUAAGUAUGAAACAUAUAAUAACAGCUACAAAGAAUCACUAUCAGGAUCUGGUUGUCCGAUAUGGCCUGGAGAUUUUGAGUUACUAUAUAAGUAUGAAACAUAUAAUAACAGCUACAAAGAAUCACUAUCAGGAUCUGGUUGUCCGAUAUGGCCUGGAGAUUUUGAGUUACUAUAUAAGUAUGAAACAUAUAAUAACAGCUACAAAGAAUCACUAUCAGGAUCUGGUUGUCCGAUAUGGCCUGGAGAUUUUGAGUUACUAUAUAAGUAUGAAACAUAUAAUAACAGCUACAAAGAAUCACUAUCAGGAUCUGGUUGUCCGAUAUGGCCUGGAGAUUUUGAGUUACUAUAUAAGUAUGAAACAUAUAAUAACAGCUACAAAGAAUCACUAUCAGGAUCUGGUUGUCCGAUAUGGCCUGGAGAUUUUGAGUUACUAUAUAAGUAUGAAACAUAUAAUAACAGCUACAAAGAAUCACUAUCAGGAUCUGGUUGUCCGAUAUGGCCUGGAGAUUUUGAGUUACUAUAUAAGUAUGAAACAUAUAAUAACAGCUACAAAGAAUCACUAUCAGGAUCUGGUUGUCCGAUAUGGCCUGGAGAUUUUGAGUUACUAUAUAAGUAUGAAACAUAUAAUAACAGCUACAAAGAAUCACUAUCAGGAUCUGGUUGUCCGAUAUGGCCUGGAGAUUUUGAGUUACUAUAUAAGUAUGAAACAUAUAAUAACAGCUACAAAGAAUCACUAUCAGGAUCUGGUUGUCCGAUAUGGCCUGGAGAUUUUGAGUUACUAUAUAAGUAUGAAACAUAUAAUAACAGCUACAAAGAAUCACUAUCAGGAUCUGGUUGUCCGAUAUGGCCUGGAGAUUUUGAGUUACUAUAUAAGUAUGAAACAUAUAAUAACAGCUACAAAGAAUCACUAUCAGGAUCUGGUUGUCCGAUAUGGCCUGGAGAUUUUGAGUUACUAUAUAAGUAUGAAACAUAUAAUAACAGCUACAAAGAAUCACUAUCAGGAUCUGGUUGUCCGAUAUGGCCUGGAGAUUUUGAGUUACUAUAUAAGUAUGAAACAUAUAAUAACAGCUACAAAGAAUCACUAUCAGGAUCUGGUUGUCCGAUAUGGCCUGGAGAUUUUGAGUUACUAUAUAAGUAUGAAACAUAUAAUAACAGCUACAAAGAAUCACUAUCAGGAUCUGGUUGUCCGAUAUGGCCUGGAGAUUUUGAGUUACUAUAUAAGUAUGAAACAUAUAAUAACAGCUACAAAGAAUCACUAUCAGGAUCUGGUUGUCCGAUAUGGCCUGGAGAUUUUGAGUUACUAUAUAAGUAUGAAACAUAUAAUAACAGCUACAAAGAAUCACUAUCAGGAUCUGGUUGUCCGAUAUGGCCUGGAGAUUUUGAGUUACUAUAUAAGUAUGAAACAUAUAAUAACAGCUACAAAGAAUCACUAUCAGGAUCUGGUUGUCCGAUAUGGCCUGGAGAUUUUGAGUUACUAUAUAAGUAUGAAACAUAUAAUAACAGCUACAAAGAAUCACUAUCAGGAUCUGGUUGUCCGAUAUGGCCUGGAGAUUUUGAGUUACUAUAUAAGUAUGAAACAUAUAAUAACAGCUACAAAGAAUCACUAUCAGGAUCUGGUUGUCCGAUAUGGCCUGGAGAUUUUGAGUUACUAUAUAAGUAUGAAACAUAUAAUAACAGCUACAAAGAAUCACUAUCAGGAUCUGGUUGUCCGAUAUGGCCUGGAGAUUUUGAGUUACUAUAUAAGUAUGAAACAUAUAAUAACAGCUACAAAGAAUCACUAUCAGGAUCUGGUUGUCCGAUAUGGCCUGGAGAUUUUGAGUUACUAUAUAAGUAUGAAACAUAUAAUAACAGCUACAAAGAAUCACUAUCAGGAUCUGGUUGUCCGAUAUGGCCUGGAGAUUUUGAGUUACUAUAUAAGUAUGAAACAUAUAAUAACAGCUACAAAGAAUCACUAUCAGGAUCUGGUUGUCCGAUAUGGCCUGGAGAUUUUGAGUUACUAUAUAAGUAUGAAACAUAUAAUAACAGCUACAAAGAAUCACUAUCAGGAUCUGGUUGUCCGAUAUGGCCUGGAGAUUUUGAGUUACUAUAUAAGUAUGAAACAUAUAAUAACAGCUACAAAGAAUCACUAUCAGGAUCUGGUUGUCCGAUAUGGCCUGGAGAUUUUGAGUUACUAUAUAAGUAUGAAACAUAUAAUAACAGCUACAAAGAAUCACUAUCAGGAUCUGGUUGUCCGAUAUGGCCUGGAGAUUUUGAGUUACUAUAUAAGUAUGAAACAUAUAAUAACAGCUACAAAGAAUCACUAUCAGGAUCUGGUUGUCCGAUAUGGCCUGGAGAUUUUGAGUUACUAUAUAAGUAUGAAACAUAUAAUAACAGCUACAAAGAAUCACUAUCAGGAUCUGGUUGUCCGAUAUGGCCUGGAGAUUUUGAGUUACUAUAUAAGUAUGAAACAUAUAAUAACAGCUACAAAGAAUCACUAUCAGGAUCUGGUUGUCCGAUAUGGCCUGGAGAUUUUGAGUUACUAUAUAAGUAUGAAACAUAUAAUAACAGCUACAAAGAAUCACUAUCAGGAUCUGGUUGUCCGAUAUGGCCUGGAGAUUUUGAGUUACUAUAUAAGUAUGAAACAUAUAAUAACAGCUACAAAGAAUCACUAUCAGGAUCUGGUUGUCCGAUAUGGCCUGGAGAUUUUGAGUUACUAUAUAAGUAUGAAACAUAUAAUAACAGCUACAAAGAAUCACUAUCAGGAUCUGGUUGUCCGAUAUGGCCUGGAGAUUUUGAGUUACUAUAUAAGUAUGAAACAUAUAAUAACAGCUACAAAGAAUCACUAUCAGGAUCUGGUUGUCCGAUAUGGCCUGGAGAUUUUGAGUUACUAUAUAAGUAUGAAACAUAUAAUAACAGCUACAAAGAAUCACUAUCAGGAUCUGGUUGUCCGAUAUGGCCUGGAGAUUUUGAGUUACUAUAUAAGUAUGAAACAUAUAAUAACAGCUACAAAGAAUCACUAUCAGGAUCUGGUUGUCCGAUAUGGCCUGGAGAUUUUGAGUUACUAUAUAAGUAUGAAACAUAUAAUAACAGCUACAAAGAAUCACUAUCAGGAUCUGGUUGUCCGAUAUGGCCUGGAGAUUUUGAGUUACUAUAUAAGUAUGAAACAUAUAAUAACAGCUACAAAGAAUCACUAUCAGGAUCUGGUUGUCCGAUAUGGCCUGGAGAUUUUGAGUUACUAUAUAAGUAUGAAACAUAUAAUAACAGCUACAAAGAAUCACUAUCAGGAUCUGGUUGUCCGAUAUGGCCUGGAGAUUUUGAGUUACUAUAUAAGUAUGAAACAUAUAAUAACAGCUACAAAGAAUCACUAUCAGGAUCUGGUUGUCCGAUAUGGCCUGGAGAUUUUGAGUUACUAUAUAAGUAUGAAACAUAUAAUAACAGCUACAAAGAAUCACUAUCAGGAUCUGGUUGUCCGAUAUGGCCUGGAGAUUUUGAGUUACUAUAUAAGUAUGAAACAUAUAAUAACAGCUACAAAGAAUCACUAUCAGGAUCUGGUUGUCCGAUAUGGCCUGGAGAUUUUGAGUUACUAUAUAAGUAUGAAACAUAUAAUAACAGCUACAAAGAAUCACUAUCAGGAUCUGGUUGUCCGAUAUGGCCUGGAGAUUUUGAGUUACUAUAUAAGUAUGAAACAUAUAAUAACAGCUACAAAGAAUCACUAUCAGGAUCUGGUUGUCCGAUAUGGCCUGGAGAUUUUGAGUUACUAUAUAAGUAUGAAACAUAUAAUAACAGCUACAAAGAAUCACUAUCAGGAUCUGGUUGUCCGAUAUGGCCUGGAGAUUUUGAGUUACUAUAUAAGUAUGAAACAUAUAAUAACAGCUACAAAGAAUCACUAUCAGGAUCUGGUUGUCCGAUAUGGCCUGGAGAUUUUGAGUUACUAUAUAAGUAUGAAACAUAUAAUAACAGCUACAAAGAAUCACUAUCAGGAUCUGGUUGUCCGAUAUGGCCUGGAGAUUUUGAGUUACUAUAUAAGUAUGAAACAUAUAAUAACAGCUACAAAGAAUCACUAUCAGGAUCUGGUUGUCCGAUAUGGCCUGGAGAUUUUGAGUUACUAUAUAAGUAUGAAACAUAUAAUAACAGCUACAAAGAAUCACUAUCAGGAUCUGGUUGUCCGAUAUGGCCUGGAGAUUUUGAGUUAUUAUAUAAGUAUGAAACAUAUAAUAACAGCUACAAAGAAUCACUAUCAGGAUCUGGUUGUCCGAUAUGGCCUGGAGAUUUUGAGUUACUAUAUAAGUAUGAAACAUAUAAUAACAGCUACAAAGAAUCACUAUCAGGAUCUGGUUGUCCGAUAUGGCCUGGAGAUUUUGAGUUACUAUAUAAGUAUGAAACAUAUAAUAACAGCUACAAAGAAUCACUAUCAGGAUCUGGUUGUCCGAUAUGGCCUGGAGAUUUUGAGUUACUAUAUAAGUAUGAAACAUAUAAUAACAGCUACAAAGAAUCACUAUCAGGAUCUGGUUGUCCGAUAUGGCCUGGAGAUUUUGAGUUACUAUAUAAGUAUGAAACAUAUAAUAACAGCUACAAAGAAUCACUAUCAGGAUCUGGUUGUCCGAUAUGGCCUGGAGAUUUUGAGUUACUAUAUAAGUAUGAAACAUAUAAUAACAGCUACAAAGAAUCACUAUCAGGAUCUGGUUGUCCGAUAUGGCCUGGAGAUUUUGAGUUACUAUAUAAGUAUGAAACAUAUAAUAACAGCUACAAAGAAUCACUAUCAGGAUCUGGUUGUCCGAUAUGGCCUGGAGAUUUUGAGUUACUAUAUAAGUAUGAAACAUAUAAUAACAGCUACAAAGAAUCACUAUCAGGAUCUGGUUGUCCGAUAUGGCCUGGAGAUUUUGAGUUACUAUAUAAGUAUGAAACAUAUAAUAACAGCUACAAAGAAUCACUAUCAGGAUCUGGUUGUCCGAUAUGGCCUGGAGAUUUUGAGUUACUAUAUAAGUAUGAAACAUAUAAUAACAGCUACAAAGAAUCACUAUCAGGAUCUGGUUGUCCGAUAUGGCCUGGAGAUUUUGAGUUACUAUAUAAGUAUGAAACAUAUAAUAACAGCUACAAAGAAUCACUAUCAGGAUCUGGUUGUCCGAUAUGGCCUGGAGAUUUUGAGUUACUAUAUAAGUAUGAAACAUAUAAUAACAGCUACAAAGAAUCACUAUCAGGAUCUGGUUGUCCGAUAUGGCCUGGAGAUUUUGAGUUACUAUAUAAGUAUGAAACAUAUAAUAACAGCUACAAAGAAUCACUAUCAGGAUCUGGUUGUCCGAUAUGGCCUGGAGAUUUUGAGUUACUAUAUAAUACUACAUGGUUCUGA